GGCAGGGCAGCAGACCCCGCCUCCCCUUGCAGUCCUCAACCAGGUCGGACCGCCGUCAAUAUACACAGGCGCGGGGGUUCUCUGGGCUCAUUGCUCGGGGUGGUCUCAGAGCGCAACCAUGUCUGGCAGGGGCAAGGGCGGCAAAGGGCUCGGCAAGGGCGGCGCCAAGCGGCACCGCAAGGUGCUGCGCGACAACAUCCAGGGCAUCACCAAGCCGGCCAUCCGCCGCCUGGCGCGGCGCGGCGGCGUCAAGCGCAUCUCGGGGCUCAUCUACGAGGAGACGCGCGGCGUGCUCAAGGUCUUCCUGGAGAACGUCAUCCGCGACGCCGUCACCUACACGGAGCACGCCAAGAGGAAGACGGUCACGGCCAUGGACGUGGUCUACGCCCUCAAGCGCCAGGGCCGCACUCUCUACGGCUUCGGCGGCUAAACUCAGUUCCUGUUAUCCUUAAGCGCUUCUACAACAAAAGGCUCUUUUAAGAGCCACCCACAAAU